UAAGGCUCCAUAUUGUACUGUAGGUUUGCAGACGAAACAACCGGAGCGUCUUUUAUUUACAGAGAAUUAACGCGUUAAUUCCGUGCGCUUGGUUAAGACACAGUGCUCUGUUAUAGGCUGUUGUUGAGAGACAGGAUGGGGUCGAGGUGUGUGUUGGCUCCAGUGAUGCUGAUGCUGAUGCUGAUGCUGCCUGUGGUUCAGCUGAUGAACGCAGAGACAGACUCCGGCACUGUUAUUCCCUCUGAGAGUCGGCCAUGUGUGGACUGCCAUGCGUUUGAAUUUAUGCAGCGAGCACUACAGGAUCUGAAGAAGACGGCCUUCAACCUCGACUCACGAACUGAGAAUCUGGUGCUGAGAGCUGAAAGAAGGGCUCUGUGUGACUGCAUGCCCAUCAGCACCUUAAACUGAACCCUGAGCCUCGGAGCACCUUUCCAGCACCACUGGAGAGCUUCCAGACCAUCACACCAUCUUAUUGUGUACUUAUUCAUAUAAAAACUUGAACAUUA